AUGACAGAUUCCCCCCAGGAUCCUGAGCCUGAGGGACACUUCCAGUUCCGUGUCAUCGUGCUGGGAGAUGCAGCCGUGGGUAAGUCCUCACUGCUGCACUGCUUCACUGAUGGGCCGGGUGGGGAUCCUGGUGGGGCAGCCGUGCCAGGCCCCACCGUCGGUGUUGAGUUUAGCCGGACUAUCCUGAUUCCACCCACCGGCAAGGCCAAUCUGCAGCUCUGGGACACGGCUGGCCAGGAGCAGUUCAGAUCCAUCACCAAGUCCUUCUACUGGAGCGCAGCGGGGGUGCUGCUGGUGUUUGACCUCACCAACCGGGCAUCUUUUGAACACAUUCCUGAGUGGUAUCAUGAGGCUGUGGGGGACCAGCUGCCUGCCUUUGUCCUGGUGGGACACAAGUGUGACCUGGUGGAUGAGCGAACUGUGUCAGCAGAGGAAGCUGGACACCUCGCCGCCACUCUGGGCAUGGACUUCGUGGAGACCUCAGCCCACAGCAACCUCAAUGUGGAGUUGGCCUUUCCGACACUGGCUGGAGGUAUCCAGCAGGCACUGGGCCAGGGGAUCCUUGCCCCCCACACCAGGGAUCACCUGUAG